GCGCCGGCAAGGGAGACAGAUGGAACCAGAGUCCUAGGGUUCCGGGGACUGGAGGACAGCGCCGGCAGCCAAGGCCUGUGGGACACUUACACGGCACAGACACACACAGCCUGCUCUGUGGCACUCCUGACGACUGCAGAAUUCGUGGGCUCCGGAGUCUGAGACAGCGGCUGUCCCCUUUCCUACCUCUUCCUCUCAGGGUUCUGACGCUUCAUGUCAUGCCAUCAUGUAGAGCAAUAAUGAAUCCUGGCCUAUGUUGGACUAGUUGACAACCCUCAGAAAUGAUACAGUAAUACCUACCGCAGGGAAGCUGAGCAUACUCUAUUUGGAGUGGACAACCCAAAUUGUCACUGGAGUUUCAAAAUGACAGACCCAAUGAUGGACUUUUUUGAUGAUGCUAAUCUUUUUGGUGAGACUUUAGAAGGCUUGUCAGAUGAUGCAUUUGUACAGCCGGGACCUGUCUCACUAGUUGAUGAACUGAACUUGGGUGCAGAGUUUGAGCCUUUGCACAUAGACUCACUAAACCAUGUUCAAGGUACUCCAACACAUCAGAAGAUGGCGGAUUUUGAACAGUUAAAUCAAUUUGACUCGAUGAAGUUUCACCCAGUUAAUCAAUCUUUUGGCAGCCCAGUUGAACACGUAUUAUCUCCACACUCUCAAUUUAAUUGCUCUCCAAUUCAUCCCCCAAACCAGCCCAAUGGCUUGUUUCAAGAUGUAGCAGAUGGUAGUCCAAUGUGGGGUCACCAGACAGCUCCAGGCCUAGCUAAUCAAAAUGGAUCCCCCUUUCAUCAACCAGGACAUUCACACUCUCUGCAUCAAAAUAAAAGCUUUGUGGCACACCAUGAUUUUGCCUUAUUUCAGGCCAGUGAACAUCAAACACAAUGUUCUUCCCUUCACUCACAACAAAAUAGAAGGAAUCUUAACCCAGGGCAAAACUCUCUUGGCCAGGCUAAAAAUUUUCUAGAUGCUAAUGUUAACAGCGCACACAGAGUUAACGUUAACCACCUUGCCACUGCCCCCUCCUCACAGCAGACUCUUCCAGUGCCAUUUUCUCCGACUGCAAACCCUCCUGCACACUUCCUCAAGUGCAGCAGUCACCAGGAAGGCAACUAUAACAGACCUUCUCCAAGUAUGACUUCCUGCUCUGUGAGUAACUCGCAACAGUUCCCUGCACACUAUUCCUUCUCCAGUGGUCACGUGUCCCCAAGCAGUCUCCUUCAGUCAUCUGCAGGUCUCACUCCCAGUCAUACAAAUCAGGCUUUAUCUGAUUUUGCUGGAAGUAACUCCUUUUCUCCUCAUAGGGGAAUGAAGCAAGAACCCGCUCAGCAUCUCCUGAACCCCACUCCAUCACUGAAUUCAAAUAACUUUCCAAUUCUGCAUUCGUCACAUCCUCAGGGUAAUUAUAGCAACUCAAAAUUAUCGCCUGUGCACAUGAACUUCCCAGAUCCUGUUGACGCAGGACCUCCAGUGGGUCAUUUCAAUGACCAUGCAGAAACUAAUGGUUUCUCAUCUUUAGAAGAGAAUUUACUUCAUCACGUGGAAUCUCAUGCAGAACCAUUUGCAGGACUUGACCCAGAAGACCUCCUGCAGGAGGGUCUUCUCCCCCAAUUCGAUGAAUCACCAUUUGGACAAGAUAAUUCAAAUCAUGUUUUCGAUCAUGACCUUGAUCGCCAGUUCACUUCGCAUCUUGUAGCGAGGCCUUCUGACAUGGCUCAAACUCAGCUGCAAUAUCAGGCUCGGGGCUGGCCUUCCCCACUGUCUAACAACCAUCAACAUUUACACAGCAGAAAUCAUCUAUGUUUACAGCGGCAGCCUCCAUCUUCCAAGAAGAGUGAUGGUUCUGGGACAUACACUAAGCUGCAGAAUACCCAGGUGAGGGGCAUGUCUGAGAAGAAGCCACGAAAAAGGGUGGAAUCAGAAAGCAAGCAAGAAAAGGCCAAUCGUAUCAUAUCUGAGGCCAUAGCAAGAGCAAAGGAGCGAGGGGAACGUAAUAUUCCGCGAGUAAUGAGCCCUGAGAACUUUCCUAGUGCCUCAGUCGAAGGGAAAGAAGAAAAGAGAGGUCGGAGGAUGAAAUCUAAGCCAAAAGACAGAGACAACAAAAAACCAAAAACGUGUUCUAAGUUGAAAGAGAAGUCAAAAAUUGGCAAGCUCAUCAUUACAUUGGGUAAGAAACACAAGAGAAGGAACGAGUCUUCGGAUGAGCUGUCCGAUGCAGAGCAGAGGUCCCAGCACAUGUUCAAAGAGCAGCACUCUCAAAAAAGAAGAUCAAAUCGACAAAUUAAGAGGAAAAAAUAUGCAGAAGAUGCAGAAGGAAAGCAAUCUGAAGAAGAAGUGAAAGGCAGUCUGAGAGUGAAGAGGAACUCGGCUCCUCCACCCGGAGAGCAGCCUCUGCAGCUGUUUGUGGAAAAUCCAAGUGAAGAAGAUGCUGCAAUUGUAGACAAAAUACUAGCUUGUAGGAUUGUAAAAAAGGAAGUAUCACCUGGAGUUAUGCUUGAUGUAGAAGAAUUUUUUGUAAAGUACAAAAAUUACUCUUAUCUCCACUGUGAGUGGGCCACAGAACAGCAGCUUUUGAAAGAUAAAAGGAUCCAGCAGAAAAUCAAGCGAUUCAAGCUGAGACAAGCACAGAGGGCACAUUUUUUGGCAGAUAUGGAAGAAGAACCCUUUAACCCUGACUACGUUGAAGUAGACAGAAUAUUGGAAGUUUCUUUUUGUGAAGAUAAGGAUACUGGUGAGUCUGUUAUUUACUACUUGGUAAAGUGGUGCUCACUGCCAUAUGAAGAUAGCACCUGGGAAUUAAAGGAAGAUGUAGAUCUUGCAAAAAUUGAAGAGUUCGAACAACUGCAAGCUUCACGGCCUGACACAAGACACUUGGAUCGUCCUCCUGCUAAUAUGUGGAAGAAAAUAGAGCAAUCCAGGGAAUAUAAAAAUGGCAAUCAACUCAGGGAAUAUCAACUAGAAGGACUCAACUGGCUCUUGUUCAAUUGGUAUAAUAGACGAAACUGCAUUUUAGCAGAUGAAAUGGGUCUUGGCAAAACCAUUCAGUCGAUUACAUUCCUCUACGAAAUCCUGCUGACGGGUAUAAGAGGACCUUUCCUGAUUAUUGCACCGCUUUCUACCAUUGCAAACUGGGAAAGAGAAUUCCGAACAUGGACUGAUAUUAAUGUUGUCGUUUAUCACGGGAGCCUGAUUAGCAGACAGAUGAUACAGCAAUAUGAGAUGUACUUCAGGGACUCUCAGGGGCGCAUCAUCCGAGGAGCGUACCGGUUCCAAGCCAUCAUCACUACCUUUGAAAUGAUUCUUGGGGGCUGUGGAGAACUUAAUGCAAUUGACUGGCGAUGUGUGAUUAUUGAUGAAGCACACAGGUUAAAAAAUAAAAAUUGUAAACUCCUGGAGGGUUUGAAACUCAUGAAUCUGGAACACAAGGUGCUCUUGACCGGCACUCCUCUCCAAAACACAGUCGAGGAACUGUUCAGCCUUCUUCACUUUCUUGAACCCUUAAGGUUUCCAUCUGAAUCAACAUUCAUGCAAGAGUUUGGAGACUUGAAAACAGAGGAACAGGUACAGAAACUUCAGGCUAUCCUUAAACCAAUGAUGCUGAGACGAUUAAAAGAAGACGUGGAAAAGAAAUUGGCACCCAAGGAAGAGACUAUUAUUGAAGUAGAGCUUACCAACAUUCAAAAGAAAUACUAUAGGGCUAUUUUAGAGAAGAACUUCUCAUUUUUAUCCAAAGGAGCUGGACAAACAAAUGUACCUAACUUGGUCAAUACCAUGAUGGAGCUCAGGAAAUGCUGCAAUCAUCCGUAUCUUAUCAAAGGUGCUGAGGAGAAAAUACUUGGAGAAUUUAGAGAUACAUACAAUCCAUCUGCCUCUGAUUUUCAUCUGCAAGCAAUGAUCCAAUCUGCUGGUAAACUGGUCCUCAUUGAUAAGUUACUUCCCAAAAUGAAAGCAGGCGGCCAUAAAGUGCUUAUCUUCUCUCAGAUGGUCCGCUGCCUUGACAUCCUGGAAGACUAUCUUAUCCAUAAGAGAUAUUUAUAUGAGCGAAUUGAUGGUCGAGUCAGAGGAAAUCUUCGACAAGCAGCCAUAGAUCGAUUUAGUAAACCUGAUUCAGAUCGAUUCGUUUUCCUCCUGUGUACCCGAGCUGGUGGUCUGGGCAUCAACCUAACUGCAGCAGAUACAUGCAUCAUUUUUGAUUCUGAUUGGAAUCCUCAAAAUGACCUCCAGGCCCAAGCUCGUUGCCACAGAAUUGGUCAGAACAAAGCAGUUAAAGUCUACAGAUUAGUAACGCGUAACUCCUAUGAGAGAGAGAUGUUUGACCGAGCCAGCUUGAAACUGGGCCUAGAUAAAGCCGUGCUACAGAGCAUGAGUGGAAGAGACAGUAAUGUCAGCGGUAUUCAGCAGCUUUCCAAAAAAGAAAUAGAAGACCUGCUUCGAAGAGGUGCAUAUGGAGCCAUCAUGGAGGAGGAAGAUGAAGGCUCUAAGUUCUGUGAGGAAGAUAUCGACCAGAUUUUACUUCGCCGUACAAAAACUAUCACAAUUGAGUCAGAAGGACGUGGGUCAACGUUUGCCAAGGCAAGUUUUGUAGCAUCUGGAAACCGGACAGAUAUUUCCUUAGAUGAUCCCAACUUCUGGCAAAAAUGGGCUAAAAAAGCAGAACUAGAUAUAGACACCAUCAGUGGCAGAAACAGUUUAGUUAUUGAUACCCCAAGAAUUCGGAAGCAAACCAGACCCUUUAGUGCCACAAAAGAUGAAUUAGCUGAAUUAUCUGAAGCUGAAAGUGAAGGAGAAGAAAAACCCAAACUCCGGAGACCCUGUGAUCGAUCCGGUGGCUACGGAAGGACUGAAUGCUUUAGAGUGGAGAAAAACCUACUGGUUUAUGGGUGGGGCCGAUGGCGAGAGAUCCUGUCUCAUGGGCGUUUUAAGCGGCAGCUGAAUGAGCACGAUGUGGAAGUCAUUUGCCGUGCCCUCCUAGCCUAUUGCCUCGUUCACUAUCGGGGCGAUGAGAAAAUUAAAGGCUUCAUAUGGGAUCUCAUCACUCCCACUGAAGAUGGCCAGACUCGCGAGCUGCAGAAUCACUUAGGCCUCUCCGCUCCUGUGCCCAGGGGCCGAAAGGGGAAGAAAGUGAAGACUCAGACAAGCUCCUUUGAUAUCCAGAAAGCAGAGUGGCUUCGGAAAUAUAACCCAGAGCAGCUCCUGCAAGACGAGGGCUACAAGAAACACGUAAAGCACCACUGCAACAAAGUCCUGCUUCGUGUAAGGAUGCUGUACUAUCUAAAGCAAGAAGUCAUUGGAAAUGAGAGUCAAAAAGUCUUUGAUGGAGUUGAUGCAAGUGACAUUGAUGUUUGGGUGCCAGAGCCAGACCAUUCCGAGGUUCCUGCUGCGUGGUGGGACUUUGAUGCUGAUAAGUCCCUUCUUAUUGGGGUUUUUAAGCAUGGUUAUGAAAAGUAUAACACGAUCCGAGCAGACCCCGCAUUGUGCUUCUUGGAAAGAGUGGGCAAGCCUGAUGACAAGGCUGUCGCUGCUGAACAGAGAGCCAACGACUACAUGGAUGGGGAUGUGGAAGAUCCAGAAUACAAGCCUGCCCCAGCGAUAUUUAAAGAUGAUAUUGAGGAUGACGUUUCCUCACCUGGUGAUCUGGUCAUAGCUGAUGGAGAGGGUCAAUUGAUGGAAGGGGAUAAAGUGUAUUGGCCUACCCCAUCAGCUCUGACCACACGGCUAAGACGUCUCAUCACUGCAUAUCAGCGAACUAAUAAAAACAGACACAUGCAGCAAAUACAACCCACCUUCUCAGUGCCUGCCAGUGUCAUGCAGCCUCUUUACGAAGAAGCUGCCCUGAACCCUAAAGUGGCAGCCAAGAUUGAAAGACAGCAGAGAUGGACAAGGAGAGAAGAAGCUGACUUUUAUCGAGUUGUGUCUACAUUUGGAGUAGUUUUUGACCCAGACAGAGGGCAGUUUGAUUGGACAAAAUUCAGAGCUCUGGCUAGGCUACACAAGAAAACUGAUAACAGCUUGGAGAAGUAUUUGUGUGCGUUCAUGUCCAUGUGCCGGAGGGUUUGUCGUCUUCCUUCCAAAGAAGAAUUGGUCGAUCCAAAUAUUUUUAUUCAACCAAUCACGGAAGAACGUGCUUCUAGGACUUUAUAUCGCAUUGAACUUCUAAGAAAAGUACGGGAGCAGGCUCUUCGUCACCCACAGUUGUUUGAACGCUUGAAGCUUUGCCAUCCAAAUCCAGACUUACCUAUCUGGUGGGAGUGUGGCUCUCAUGAUAGGGAUUUGCUCAUUGGUGCUGCCAAACACGGAGUCAGCCGGACCGACUACCACAUUCUGCGUGAUCCUGAACUCUCGUUUAUGGCAGCUCAGAGGAACUACAGUCAUAGUAAGGCGGCUCACUCAAGGACUUCUACCCCACUUUUACAGCAAUACCAAGUAGCACUUUCUGCUUCUCCUCUUACCUCUUUGCCUAGACUGCUAGGUGCUAAAGGGACUCUUCUAGAGGAUAUGAAAGUUAAGAGCGAAAACCUCACAGAAGAGCCCCCGUCCUCUGAAGAAGAAUCUAUGUCUUCUAUUGAAACAAGGACACGAGUUAAAUCUGAGCCUGUAAGUCCAAAGAACGGUGUUUUAUCACAGGCUACUGGAGACCAGAAAUCUGGUGGGAAAAGUGAAACAGACAGACGCAUGGUUGCAGCCAGAACAGAACCCCUAACUCCAAACCCAGCUUCUAAGAAACAGAGAGUCCACAAAAGAGGAUCAGAGUCCAGUUCUGAUUCUGACUCUGAUUCUGAGCGCUCAUCGUGUUCUUCCAGAUCCUCCUCCUCCUCUUCCUCCUCCUCUUGUUCACACUCUCGAUCAGGCUCUAGCUCUUCUUCAUCCUCAUCUUGUUCUUCAGCAUCCUCCUCAUCAUCAUCAUCUUCCUCCUCCUCUUCCUCAUCUUCUUCAUCAUCAUCAGAAGAAAGUGACAGUGAAGAAGAUGUCCAGAAGCGAGAAGGCACGCCUCACGGGAAAGCCUAUGAUGAGGAAAGUGUCGCAUCACUGAGCACGACCCAAGACGAAACCCAGGACAGUUUUCAGGCAAACAAUGGAACGCCAGAGUCUGCUUACCUGCUACAAGGUGGAUAUAUGCUGGCAGCCUCGUAUUGGCCAAAGGACCGGGUGAUGAUCAACCGCCUGGACAGUAUUUGUCAGACAGUUCUGAAAGGGAAGUGGCCGUCAGCUAGAAGACAUUAUGAUGCUAACACGGUGGCAUCCUUCUAUACCACAAAACUCCUGGAUAGCCCCGGAGCAGCUACAGAGCACAGCGAGCCCGGCGUCCCCACACCUCCAGCCGUUGCUGUCAAAGAAGAGCAUGAACAGUCAGCACAGAUGUCAAAGGUGAAGAAGCAUGUGCGAGAAAAGGAGUUUACAGUGAAAAUCAAAGACAUACCAUCAGCAUUAGGUCGUGUGAACGUUUCAGUGGCAUUGCAGCUGAAGAUUGUCCAGCUGUCACCUAUUAGUACUUCCAUUCAGUCAACCCUUGGGGCCAAUGGAGCGAUACUAGACAGCCAGCCUAUAGUGAAGAAAAGGCGGGGAAGGAGAAGGAACGUAGAAGGUGCCGACAUCCUCUUUUUGAACAGAAAUAAGCCACCUAAUCAUAUUUCCACCGGGAUGAACCCAGCACUGUCCUAUCCUCAGCCUCCAAGAAUUCCUGACACAGAAAGUCCUGUUCCAGUUAUUAAUCUCAAAGACGGGACAAGGCUCGCAGGAGAUGAUGCGCCGAAGAGAAAGGACCUGGACAGAUGGCUUAAGGAGCACCCCGGUUAUGUGGAGGACCUUGGAGCCUUUAUCCCAAGAGUGCAGCUGCACGAGGGAAGACCCAAACAGAAGAGGCAUCGAUGCCGAAACCCAAACAAACUAGAUGUCAACAGUCUCACUGGAGAGGAGCGUGUGCAGCUGAUUAACAGAAGGAACGCGAGGAAGGUUGGAGGUGCAUUUGCUCCUCCUUUGAAAGACUUAUGUAGAUUCCUGAAAGAAAAUUCAGAAUAUGGAGUAGCUCCUGAAUGGGGAGAUGUUGUUAAGCAGUCUGGGUUUCUUCCAGAAAGUAUGUUUGAACGUAUUCUCACUGGUCCUGUCGUGAGAGAGGAAGUAAGCAGGCGGGGGAGAAGGCCUAAAAGUGGAAUUGCCAAGGCCACCAUAGCGGCGGCGGCGGCGGCGGCGGCGGCGGCUCCUGCAGGCAGUGUGCCAGGCAACCCUUUGCUGGCCAAUGGAUUGCUUCCAGGCAUGGAUCUCACAGCUCUUCAGGCCUUACAACAAAAUCUGCAGAACCUGCAGUCGCUGCAAGUGACUGCAGGGCUGAUGGGCAUGCCUGCCGGCCUCUCUUCUGGAGGAGAAACUAAAAACAUGGCUGCUAUGUUCCCCAUGCUGUUCUCAGGAAUGGCCGGGUUACCAAAUCUGCUAGGCAUGGGAGGACUCCUGUCAAAGACUGCAGAAUCUGGGGCGGAAGAAAAACGAGGAACUGACUCUAAGGAGCUAGAAGGAAAAGAAGAAAGGACAGAGAGCCAAAGUCCGGAAAAUGGAGGAGAGCGUUGUGUACCAGGCUCUCCUUCAACGUCCUCCACGGCUGCAUUGAAUGCAGCUGCAGCUGCCAAGCCCAUAGCUCUUAACCCACUGUUGCUGUCUAACAUACUUUACCCAGGGAUGCUGCUCACUCCAGGCCUUAAUCUUCAUCUUCCAACCUUGUCUCAGUCCAAUACUUUUGAUGUACAGAAAAACAAAAGUAGUGACUUAGAUUCAUCUAAGUCAGUCGAAAUAAAGGAAGAAGAUUCCAGAGUUCGAGAUCAGGAAGAGAAAGGGGGAACUGAGCCUAGUUCUGCCCACGAGAACAGCACAGACGAGGGUUCAGAGAGAGCCUCCUCCGGGUCUGACAGUUCGUCGUCGUCAUCGGAGGAUUCAGACUCAAGCAAUGAAGACUGACUAGGGACUCUCCAACCUCAUCCUGAACUGGUUUUGCCUUUUCUUUAAUUACUGACUGUAAAUAUCCCAGUGUUGAGUGCAUCAAUAACUUACUGACAGAACAUUUCAGUUGUUUGUUUAGAAGUGCAAACUGCUUUCAGAGAUGUUUUGCAUGUCCUCUUUCUUAAGACCCAUAAGUUUCUGAACUCGAUGUGCUGUCAGACACAUACACGUAUAAAGUUACGACAAAAGGCAUUAUAAUUUUGCUGGGGGUUAAUUUUAUGAAAAUGAUGCUCAAUAAGAGUUGUAUAUUUAAUAUAUUUGCAGUGAACACAGAAUACUUUAUGCAUAUUACUGAUUUAAUUUGAAUAUAGUUUUACAGCCUCCUUGACACCUAUAAUUUACAGAUCAAAACUCAGCAAUAAUUUGGGCAGCUAAUGAAUGUCAUGAAAGCUGUAACCUCUCUGUCACCAUCCAUUGCUUUAAUUACAUGACAACGCUCUAGUGUCUCGAUGCACUGCUCAUGUCGCCAAUUCAGGUACAAGUAUGUUUUAAAGAAGAAGUAAGUUUCCCAAUCAGCCAAUUUAUCUGGCUACCUGUUACCUCAGCUGAGUUAGUUUAGGAAGUUUACAUUCGUUUCUAAUUCUGUGCUUGUUUUCAGGGGUUUUUAAACACAUCCUCUAUAUCAUGUCAAUCUGGCCAGGACCGUGACUUACAUUUUGCUGAACUUAACUCAGAAAUCAGUAAAAAUGAAGUCAUAAAAUAAUCUUGUGUCAUAUGACUUUGGUACCCUGUACACAUACAUUAAAACUCUUCGAAGUUUGGCCUCCUAUAAAAAAUAAUUAUGUCUCAGAUGAAUAAUGUCUUGUUUCCAGGGUUCAGAAAGGCAAACUCAUGAAACGCCUCUGAGAACUUUGAACACAGCACCCUUCGCGUACAGGAAAGUGUUUGUUUGCUUUAUUUGUAUAGGUUUCUGUUUGUGUCUUAUGUCCUGGAAAUAUUCCAAAAUAACAGGUAAUAGUAGUCAAGUAAAAUGCAGAUAGUCUGAAUUAAUUGAGUUUCUAGGAAUAAGAAGUCAGCAUGUUACCCAGAGUCAGUGUUGGGCCAUCAGCUUAUAAUAAAUGCUGAAAUGCCCACUUUGAAAAUGCACUUUGACUAAUCUCAAAACGAUGUACACAUUAUACCUAGGAAGUCCAAGGCCUCUGUUCUGUCUCUUACAAUCCUUUGUCAUGUACAAUUUGUCUGGUAUUUGAUUUGUGAUAUCAUUUCUCCUGCUGAAGCUGCUAUCAUUCUGACAAGGUAGAGGUCCAAGGUUUACCUUCAUAUACAUUGGAAACAAUUAGAACAGACUUAGACAUUCUAAGGAGAGAUAAAUAUUAGCAUUUUCCUCGUGUCUAAAUAAAUCAUGCUAAAAUUUGCAAGGUGGUAAAUUUGGGAGGAAUACCCCAGUUCUUUCCUAUGGGAAAACUGACUUCCAGUAUGUUUCAACAGAGCUGUUGUUGUCCUGGACUAAGCGAUUGUACUGGGUUUCCCAAGACCUUUACCAGUAAAUUAUGUUUCUGUAUGUAAAAACGUAACCCAUUAUUAGACAAUGUUAUAUGUAUUUACCAAAUUAUGUAAGUUCCAUUGGGAUUGUAUUAUUAAUUUUUGUAUUUUCUCAAAGUAGUACUUUGAAUUGAUAGUUCUUUAUGCAAUGUCUUAGCAAUAGUCACUGUAAUGCCCAUCCAGGAGCAGUGGGUAGUAAUCCUUCAUCAUGAAAAUGAUAUACUACAUAUUUACUGUGUUCCCUUUGCAGUACUGCACUUUUGUUUAACUAGAACAUACCUGUGAGAUAGCCAAAGUUUUUCAGACAGUUACCUUGGUUUGCAGUGGAGUGUUUCAAUACCACCCACACCCUGCUCUUCCUCUAGGCCUGCCCAUAGGACCUUUAUUCCUCUUUCCCAAUUAAAAGAAAAAAAAUGAGGUUAAAAAAAAAAACAAACAACCUUAGAUCUUGUCAUUAAAAUCUAAUUUAUAGCAAAAUCUAUGAGAUAAAGUAUUUUCCUAAUUAUGGUCUAAUAAAUUUGGGUAACAUCCUAGUGAUUCUUUCUAUAUAUAAGUUAGUUACCGUUUUCAAAGCAUAAGGCUAAUAUUAACCUUAAACAUUCUCUUGGGUUUCAAGACAUGUCUUUGUAGAUUGAUUGGGGGAAGGUGGUCCAGGUGUCAGCUAAGAAAACCAUGCAGAUCUGGGAAUGGAAAGUUAAGGGACGUAGGAAACAAGCGGAUGCGGUUCCGCAGGCCGCGGGCUGCAGCUGAAAGGCUACCCCAGUGCGUGUUGGUAGUUACUGAGAGCGCUACAGCUGGUGUCGCCUUGUGUUCUAGCCCUUGUUUCAGGCCUCAUGACUCAGUCCAAGUUUUCUUUUGGACAUUUGCAAUAUUUACCAGUUGUGUUUUGUGUAGUCUAAAUUUGCUUUCUGUAGUUGAGCAAACGUCUUAAAGAGUCAUUUGUAAUUUAUUAAAUUACUUUCUAUGAUGUUCUAUAGAGCAAAUGGAAGUUUAAUUAUUUUUUAUUAAACAUAUUCUUUGACUACC